ACAGCACCCAAACUGCGACUUUGCACCACACACCGUCAACACCCUAUUUCCCUCCUCCCUCACACAACCAGCCGAAAUUAUGACGACUCAACAAGGAGCCAUCUCCAAGAGACGCAAGUUCGUCGCCGACGGUGUCUUCUAUGCCGAACUCAACGAGUUCUUCCAGCGCGAGCUGGCCGAGGAAGGAUACUCCGGCGUCGAGGUCCGAGUCACUCCCACCGUGACUGACAUCAUCAUCCGAGCCACACACACUCAAGAAGUCCUGGGCGAGCAGGGUCGACGAAUCCGCGAACUCACCUCUCUCAUCCAGAAGCGAUUCAAGUUCCCCGAGAACAGCGUCUCCCUGUACGCCGCCAAGGUUCAGAACCGUGGUCUCUCCGCCGUCGCCCAGUGCGAAUCCCUCCGAUACAAGCUGUUGAACGGUCUGGCCGUGCGAAGAGCAUGCUACGGUGUGCUGAGAUUCAUCAUGGAGAGCGGUGCCAAGGGUUGCGAGGUCGUCGUCUCUGGCAAGCUCCGUGCUGCUCGUGCGAAGAGCAUGAAAUUCACUGACGGUUUCAUGAUCCACUCCGGUCAACCGGUCAACGACUUCAUCGACACAGCCACCCGUCACGUCCUGCUGAGACAGGGUGUCUUGGGUAUCAAGGUCAAGAUCAUGCGCGGCAGCGACCCAGAAGGCAAGGCCGGUCCCCAGAAGUCCCUCCCCGACUCCGUCACCAUCAUCGACCCCAAGGAGGAGCAGCCGGUCGUGCAGCCCAUGUCGCAAGACUACGGCGCCAAGGCCCUGGCCGCUCAGCAAGCUGCCCAAGACGCUCGGGCGGCCCAAGAGAACGGCGAGGGUGGAGAGGAGACGUAUGCUCAGGAAUAAAAGCGUGGGACCAUUUCCAGGCGUUUUGUUUUUGUGUUUCGUUUAGCAUACCUUCUUCCUUCCUAGGAACCUACGCAGGGUGAAAAUGUGAAUGAAAGGGGAAAAGAACAGAGUACUGCGGGCCACGCCCCACGAACGUGGCUGGGUAUGUUCCUUGACUUAUUUCAAAGACACGGGAUGAUGCAGAUGCAAAUUUUUUUUGAUCGUCAAUGAAGAGAUGAAUAAAAUGCAUCAUUCGUAACAAUGAACAUGUUCUUCGAUUCCUGAUUCUCAA